AGUUCUCUACGUUGCUCAAAGUGCAUUACCACGCGUCGCGGCGCGGCGUAUUUUUAUUUCCACGCUGCCAUGUUUCGAUUGCUCUCCCUUGCGCUGGUCGCAGCUGCAGAGGUGUCUGUGGACCAUGCACUGCUGGAUGACGACCAAUGCGCAGGGGACGACACAUGCGGGCUCAAUGCUCUGCAGAUGAAGGGCCAGAAGAUGAGCCAGGACUCAGAAGCCGGGUGGCUGAAAGACAUCAGCUCGGCUGAGAAGACUCACUUCAAGCGCAUCCUCGCGCCGCUACAGAAGCCCAUUGUCGCCAACUACAAAAACCUUGAGCAACUGGAGUUGUUCGUGAACUACACCAUGGAGAAAGUGGAGAAUGCAACCGGCUCCUUUGUGGUUUGGAACCGCAAGUCCCUGCUGCAGGAGGAAACUGACGAGCUGGCUACGACUGGCAGCCGCAGGCGCAGUACACUGUCCGAGUCAGAGGAGCUGCCGCCGCGUGCCAAGUAUGUGAACAAAAUCCUAAUCUACCUGAACAAGGACAUGGACGCCGUGUGGAACUACAACACCAUUGUGGACCGAAAGCGUUGGGGUGUGGGGAACACCAUCACCUCCUCUCCCUACGGCCCACAUGGCGAGCAUCCUGAACGCUGGAAGGCCAACGGCACCUUCCCGUUGCCUGAGAAGAGGCCUGACGGGCCUGUGCUGAGCCCCGCAAACUCGCUCAAAAUGAGCCUGAAGGCGAACACGCACAAGUACGAGAACAAGUAUGCGACGCAGCUGCAGCAAGACUACCAGAGUCUGAUCGACAACAUCAACGACGUGGCGGAGAAGAGCGAUAUGUUGCGUGCGCGGCUCUUCAAGAUGGAUGUCUAUGCGGAGAAGUUCCAGGACCUGCCCAGCGGUGUGUGGAACAAGAUCGAUGCCCAGUCCUAGGUGUCUUUUUUGUUUUUCUUUUCGGAAAGGAACGGAGCGUGUUGCUCAGCGUCAAAGCAUGCUGGGCAUUUUUGGCGUAGAGUCACAGCGUUAAGUCCACUGAUCCUGGAAGUUGGACCCCUUACUUCGGUUGGAGCGUCUUCUUCUGCAUCCAACCUGUCAUGAGAUUGAAUGCCAUCGUAAUGUCCCGAAUUGCCUGUACAAAUAAAUGUGAGUGUGA